AUGUUUUCGCUGGUAGCAGACUAUGGAAAUAGUGAAGAAUCGGGCUGCUCCGAUUCGUCGUCGGAUGAGGGUGAUGCGAAGAAAGAGGCUCUAAUCCACACCCGACAAACACCGCCGUCCAGUGCGUUGAACGAUGGGCAAAACGUGCCUCUGCCUAGCGCCAGCACGAUGCUGCAAUCCGGAUCGAAUCGCAUCAUUCCGGGAAGCGUUUUCAGCAAUCCAUUUCGUGAGGCGGAAGAAGCCAAACUCGCUAGCCUGGAGAAACACGUGAAGAUGGUCGAUCCAGAGGCGAAUGCAGCCGAGCAGAAGCGCAAAAUUUGCUGGAGCCACAAGAAGGGACGCUGUCGAUUCGGAAGCAAGUGCAAUUUUGCGCACGAUUCCGAUUUGAUACUGCGCAAGGAGCUGCCGGGGGCUGGCAGCAGCGAAAAUGAGCAGGAACCACCGGUUACCGAAGAAAUAGCUGUUUCGGUGAAGAAAGUGACUCCACCGAACAAGAAAAAACGGCCUGGUCUGAGCCGGGAGCUCGUCCCACCGAAAAAAGUACUGAAGAUGUACCACAAGGAGAAAUACGGGAUGCUUAAAUAGGCCCACCCCACGUGGUGGGGUUUGUUAGUGACACACGGAUGAAUAGCUACAUUUUACGUUUCGCCUUCUGUAAGAUAUGACCUAGUUAUUUCAUUUUUUUUUUAUUUACAAGCAAUCCACACUGCGUUC